AUGCAGAGAUCUUCAAGAAAGAGAGAUUCAAGUUUCUUAGAGCAACUGAUUCUCUACGUCGCAGGCGCUGCAUUGGCUAGCUUGUCUCUAUACUUCUGUGCCCGUCACUCCGACCCGAACCGUGAAGCUUCUGAUAAGGCCCUCAAGCGUAAGAGAGAACUCGCCAAGCGUCUCGAUCGUCCUCUUAUCCAGACCAAUCAAUACGAGGAUGUAAUAGCUGGUGAUGUAAUAAACUCACGAAAGAUAGACGUGGAGUUUGAUUCUAUUGGAGGGUUAGAGUCAAAGAAGCAGUCUCUGUACGAGCUUGUGAUUCUACCGCUGAAAAGACCUGAGCUUUUCGCUUAUGGGAAGUUGCUUGGCCCUCAAAAGGGUGUGUUGCUGUAUGGUCCUCCUGGAACCGGGAAGACCAUGCUUGCUAAAGCUAUUGCGAAAGAAUCCGGAGCUGUUUUUAUAAAUGUGAGGGUCUCUAAUCUGAUGAGCAAGUGGUUUAGUGAGAGAGGCCUUACAGUUUACUUGUCUACAGGUUGGAAUGUCGCAAAUAAUCUUCACCGGCCGUUGUACAUUUAG